AUGUCAUUUGCAAAAUCAGUGCAGCAAGAUGCACUUAGCGCAUUAUGUGAAACUGUAAAGUCAAGUUUCGGAAUCGUUGACAGCAUAAAAUGUGUUAUAGACCCUGAGGGAGAUGAAGUAUUCAUCAAAGAUGUGGCAAAGCUGCUAGGAUGCCUGCACAUAGAGCAUCCUGUGGGACAGUUUGUAGUACAGAGAUGCCAGUCUUACGCAGAUAAUCAUGGCUGUGGCGUUAAAUCCUUCAUUAUAUUCAUGGGCCAACUCUACACUCAAGUUAAACUUCUGCUGCAGCAUGGCAUACAGCUUGAAGACAUUGAAACGCUGAUGCAUAGAACCAUUGAUGAGUGUAUUUUGCACCUUGAACAGAUUUCUUUCCCUGUUUUGUGCCAGACAGCACAACAGAAUAAAUCUGCAGUAGACAAGAUUGUUAACUCAUCAGGUCUUGAAUUGUCUCGAAUUAAUGAAGAUGGAUUUCAACUUGGUAAGAACUACUUGCCCCAAAAUUCAUCCCUACUACCUGACAAAGUUUCUCAGGAAAACCAUGCCAUUUCUGAAUUAUCGCACCAUGAAGGAAAAUAUAAUGCCAGUAGACAACUUGUAUAUUCUGAAGAUUGUUCAAAUUUACCUCCACCCUUUCAGCUUCCUAAAGAUGCUGAAUUUCUAAGCCAUGGAUGCAGUGAGGCUAUGAUUUUGGCUAGCAAAAUAAUGCAAAAUCAGUUCGAGGAUUGUAAGAUUUCAAAGUUUGAUUUAAAACUUGUUCAUACUGUCAGCAUAGCAGCCAAAACAGGAUCAUUUGUGGUCUCUGGUAUUGUACUUGAGACCACUCUUGAGCAGCUUGAAAUAAUUUCAUCUAAAUUAGAUUUACCCACAACAGCUUUAUUAAUCAAUGGAGACCUCACCGAAAACUUUAGACACAAAGGCUACAAAAAGCCCUUUCAAAAUAUCAGUGAAACUCUUGAUUUAACUAGUUUUUCUUCCACAAAAUCCAGCUGGCCUAUGUUGGUCUUAAGUAUAUUGAAAACACAUGGUGUAAAUGUUCUACUGAUUAAAGGAACUGUGGACUUGUCUCUGAAAGAACUGUGUGUAGGCAGUGGUAUUGUGGUCAUCACGAGCGUUCCGUAUUACGCCCUUUAUAUUCUUCAGCAUUUUCAUCGAGCUGAGCUGGUAACAUACAUCUCAGAUACCUGUGAGAAGAACUUAUGUAAAGGACUUAUUCUGAAAUCUCUGCACACUGACUGGAUGGAUAGCCAGCUUUCUGUAAAAAAAUAUUUCACAGUAUCUUGUCUAUCUGGGGUCCAGACGGUUGUGUUCUCUCAUCCUAGUCAAGCAUCAAGGGAGAUAUUUGAACAAGAGUUUUGGCUUUGUGCUCACAGGCUUGCACAAGCUUCAGAAGACGGAAUCGUGCUUCCUGGUGAAGGGAUGACAGAACAUUGGUGUGCAAACUAUCUGCUGUCAGCUGAAAUGGUCAAACAUCAGGAAACAGAACACUUAUCAGAAAAAUCAUCCUUAUAUAACCAAGUAGUGAGAGAGGCUCUUUCGCAGGCUUUUGAAGCAUGUGUAUCAAUUGUUCAGCACAACAAAUUAAAGGCAGGGGAUUUUUCUGAUCCAAGAAGAGACAGUAGGCUUACAUGUUGCAACUAUCCAACAGAUGACUGCAUAAAAUGUAAUGAUGCAAUGGAGGAAAAACAAAAUUUGUUGAUGGAAGUGGAAAAACUUCCAUCACAGAGGAUGAUGAAUGGCAGACACUCCUCCUUUAUCAGUGAUAGUGGAGACAUAGAACAAGGACAAGAGCAGAAUUUCCAUGAAACACAACAAGGCAUUAAGGAUAUCAUCUGGUUGUCAUGGGAUGGCAAACAGUUUCCACUGUGCCAGUUAGACACAUACAGCUCCAAAGUCCAUGGAUGGCGCCAGGCUGUGAGUGCAGUUUUUAUGGUACUGAAAAUGGAUUCCAUGAUCAUCACAGGAGUGGAUGCACAGACCUGCUCCCCAGACUCUGUGUUAUUCUGA